GAAGGACAGGAGAAUGACUCAUCGCACAGCAACACAGGCCACAGACCAGAGGAACUCAGACAGGGACAGGAGAAUGACCCAUCACACAGCAACAGAGGCAGGAGACCAGAGGAACUCAGACAGGGACAGGAGAAUGACCCAUCACACAGCAACAGAGGCAGGAGACCAGAGGAACUCAGAGAAGGACCACACGUCAAUCAGAGCAGAGGCGGCACACGUGAGAGGCCUCAGAGCUGCAUGGAGAGGAGGAGGGGGAGAGGGAGGCCGCUUGGCAACACUGCCAGAGCUGGGGGUUGGAGGCUGCAGCCCAGCAGGCCCAACACUGCACCCCCAGACGGCAACUCUGGGCUAACAUCAGUUGGACCAGCAGUCAGCACACCAGAACCUCCCAGGUGCCGGGCGAUCUGGACUGGGCCUGCUCUGAGAGGUGGCGCCAGGGCUGUGGACGGACGGCAGGUACUGGAGCCGGGAGACGACCAGGCUCGCCCUCCCCCGACACUGCACCUCUACCUCCCCUGCCCCAACGAGCCUGAGGGCGGACAUGAGCGGCCUGCUGAGGGGGGGCAACUCACGGAGGAGAGGUGUCCGCAGGGUGAAGCCGAAACAAACGGUGUAGCAGACAUCGCUGCCAGGCAGCCACAACAUGAGAGAAACGAAAAAUCCAACGCGGAUAACACAGCAACCAAGACACAGGGGAACAUUUCCACCGAGACAGAGACUCAUGUCAACUCAGGGAACACACCUCAGGAGGACAAUAUUAUGACUGCAACAACAAAUGAUCCAGGAAAUCUUGAUCAUGAAGAGGGCAAAGUCAGCAACCAACUACAGAAGAUACGGCAUGUGGAGGACGACACCACCUGUGACGUGGCAGAUGGAAACCAAACACAAGAACCGGAGGAUGAAUGUCACCAGCGUUCACACACCCAUCCGCUGGGAGGCUUUGGCAGCCCUGAAAUGCAAAGAAGCACAGAUGACAGUGAACAGAAGCCAACAGAUGUCCUAGCAGAGCAUACACCAGAGGCCAGUUUUGAUGAGGAUGAGCAAACAGGCAAUGCGGAUAACCAGAAACGAGGAGAAGGACAUGAGGAUGACAGAACGCCAGACGUCCACAGGUCAAAAGAGGAUGAGCAGUCACAAGCACCCUUAGAAGAAGAGUUGAUGACCAAUGAAAAAUAUGAUGGUGAAAGCAUGCUCAAUGAGGAGAACAGACAGUGGGAAGAAAGUGAUGGACUCAGAGGAGACAUUGCUGAGAAACAAAAUAUCUCUUCCUUCGCAAAUAAACUUAGGUAUGUGUGGGGGCACAAGCAAAGAAUGAGAGAGAGGGGCAAAACCACAGCGGCGAGAUCCAGGGGCUUUUACACAAGGCACCACCUCCACCCUGGUCAAAAACACACACUCCAGGGGGAUAAUGAACGUACCCAACUCCCCACUUCCUCUCUGGUGUACCCCCAAACAGUGAGUAACACGCGCACAUCAAAGUGCAUCAUGCCUUCAUUCUACGCCACUUGGUCCGGCUAUCGGGUGAGAGCCUGUGGAGUCAAACAAGCAGUCUGGCCUACAGCGCAGCCUCCUAGAGUCACCAGUAACGUUCCACCGUGGACCGCCAGAGAUGCACCUUGGGGUACAACAAGCACUACAGCUUCUACAUCUAGAUUCCAGUGUUCACGGAGGGAAGGGAUUCCAGCCGAACCCCCGCUGAGUGUGAGGGGCGCUGGGGUGGAUGUAGUUGUUCCCAAAACAAAAACCACUAAGACAUUAGUGUGGGGGCCGCUGGGGCCGCGGGAGAUCAAGAGUGUGUGGGUCCUGCAAGCUCACAACAGCAGGUGGAGGAACUCAAACUGACAUGUGUCAUAUCACACAUUCUGACAGACAGACAGACACACACACAUCCCUAUAAUGAGUUAAGCAAGCACAUCCCAUAAUACACAGUUCAGUGUUUAUACUCCAGGCCUUAUGGCCACCCUAACAGUACAGUUUCUCUACUCAAAAACAAGUUGCUCAUGAUGAGUCAUUUUGAAAGACAUAAACUGCUGUGAGAAAAAAAUGGAAGUCUCCUUUCCCUUAAAAAAGCCUAUUUCACUUUAGGCUACCUACCUACAUGCUAGUGCACUGACUUAAACCCACAUGAUCUGGUAUCAGUUCCCGCAGUAUCAAGAGAGUGGUAACUAACUCCCAGGACGCUGAGAGCAAAUAUUUGGGUUGCUCUCUGAACAACGAGACAGAAACGCGGAGAGGAUGUUGGCUGGCCAUCGAUAAAGCGGGUAAACACACCCGUGCACUUCACACAGACGGAUUACCCCCGCCGUCUAUGUGGUACAAUAUUGCGAGAUCUAAUCAAACCCCCGCUCUCUGCCACAAAAAGACAAGCAGCAGGUUAUUUCAUUUAUUUGAUCUACCGGAUACACUGACAGGCAGGGGUCUCUCGAGCCACUAUAGCAGAGCUCGAACUGCUACAACAGGCGACAGGAUGUCAGGGAAAGUUAUCCUAGGAAACGACGAAUUAUAUGCCGCAGGCAGAGACGGUUGACAAAGCUAUACUAACUAUAGAAUCUUUGCCGCAGGUCAUUUGAAAAACGGGAUGGGGGAAUGCGCAUAGACUUACUAUACAAUGCGAUCCUAAAAUGUAGCCUAUGGCCAACAUGUUUUUUUAAUAUAGUGGAGACUCGCAUAGGUGAUGUGAAAACUGUUUGUUUCUGCACCAGUGUAAAAUAUAACAAUUUCAGUUAGGCUAUGGCAGGCCUAUCUGCUAAUUACACAG